GUUUGCUAUGGCUACAGCAGAAGGUUAAUGAGAAAGAACUGAGAGUGACCGGAAUCCCAACUUCAGCCAGCACAAGCGACAUCGACGCCAAGCUUCUCAGCAAAGCCAGAACAAAGGGCUUGAAAUUCCUGAUCAAUCGAUCGACGGAGAUGAUGAGAAGAUCGGCCGUGAAGAGUAUGAAGAGAUCAAGACGAAAGAAGAUAUGAAUAAGAAUGUUGGAACGGUGUCAAAGGCUUUGGGUGGCAAUGCAAAAGUUGCUAUGAUCAUUGCAAUGGCAUUGUUGCAAAGCAGCCAAGGGCAUGAGAUAAAGGAGAUCAGCGCAGUGGGCGUCAACGCAACAAAGGCAGCAGUCAGUGCAGAGAAUGGAGAUGAGUUGCGAUGGACGCGUGCAUUUUUCACAGUGGUGGUUCUUUCAGCUGUUGGAACAUUGAGCUUGGCACGGUGGGGAUUCAAGGAAGUGAGACAGCUGAUGAACUGGAAGCAGGCAAAGGCAGGUGCACCAUCACAACCGUCAGAAGCUGAGUAUGAGAGUGACCACGAGAAAGUGGAAAUGCAGUGGAAAAUCAUUCAGCUUGAGGCAGCCUACGCAGAACAAUAAGAAGGAGUGAAGGAGUUGAAAGAAGAGAGAGACAUGUGGACGCAGCAAUCACCGGAUCAUCAAGGCAAGAAUGUUGAUCUACGUGGUGAACGAGAUGUACUGAGAGAGCAGUACGUGCAGCUGUUGAAAGAGAAGGAAAUGAUGGCAGCAUCUAAGUGAAAAGGAACAGGAGUUUGAGCGUCUGAAGGAAGACGUGGAACGAGCCAAGAGUGCUGCCGAGCUAUGG